UUUCAGAUGAGCUCUAGUAGUAGUGAUGAAAAUGAAACAACGAUACACAGAACAGGAUCAAAUACCGGUGGAAGUGGAAUCUACUCACAACCUCGAGCAGGAUCAUCAAAAAGAACAUCGAAUGUGCGACAUGAUGUUAGUGAUGUAGAUGAUGAAGAAGAGCAUUAUGCAAGAUUUCGCGAAGAUACGGCGAUCGAGGUUGACGAUGCUAUAACAGUUCUUCUUUCAUCUCUACAUUUCGAACACAAACGUGAUAUUGUUCCGACCGAUGAAGAUGAUAAUAAACUUCGAGAACUUCACGAAAAGAUUUUUGCAUUGAUAACGAGUGAAUCUGAUGUUAACAGAAAAAGACGGCUGAAAAAAGCUCUUCCUGCGUCAAACUGUGUUAGAGAACAAGUAUAUUAUCUUCGAAGGAAACCAUCAACACCACCAGCUUCUUAUUAUCAUCGACUAAAUGCAGCUCUUCACACAAUCGUUAAGGAAUCAUUUGGAGAAGAAUAUCGAAAAGUUGCUACAGUAUUAGGACUUGUUGAAGCGCUUGCAGAAGUUUUAAUUCUUGAAGUUCACACAUUUGGAAUCAAUGAGACCAAUCCUGGAGAGCAUCGAAAUAUUCGAAAACUUAUUGCCAAUGCUCUUACGAAUUUAACAUACGGUCAAAUUCACUCUAAACGCCGGCUAUGCUCAUAUGAUGGAUUCAUUCGAUGCGUUGUUCGAAUUGUGAUCGAAUCUCCAAAUAUAACUCAAGUAUACGCUGGACUAAUCAGAAAUCUCUCAUGGAACGCCGAUUCAGGAAUGAGUGAAGCUCUUCAACCAACAGUUCAUGCACUUUCAAUUGCUGCAGUACAUGCACAUACACAUAGAUUCGAUGUUACAGCAACAUUAUCUGCUUUGUGGAAUCUUGCUGGUCACUCAGUAGAGAAUAAACGAACUAUUUGUGAUACUCCGAAUUGUUUAAAAGUAUUAGCCAGCCUUCUAUCUCCUGAUGCAAGAUUCACGUCACUUGUUGAUUCAGCUACUGGAAUUCUGAAGUAUGUAUCACAAUAUCUCGCGAAUACUUCCACGCAUUUAGAGCUAAGAAGCUUGCUCAUCACUCGAAUGCUCACUUUGCUCAAGAGUGCCUCGUUCACUUGUGUUACAAAUACUCUAGGAGCUAUUGCAAACCUAAUUGUCAAAGAUCCCCACAUGCAGCAAAUGAUUCGGCAGGAUAUGGCUGCAGUACAGCAACUCAACGUACUCCGAAACUCGAAUCGUGAUGAUAUUCGGACAGCAGUGAAGUCUGUGCUGAAUACUCUUAAUCAACCGUGUAGUCAUCGUUAUGGUGAUAUGUCACAUUCUGUUGGAGGAGGAGCCACAGGGAUGCAAAUGCUUUCGGAGCCACAACUUCAGAUGCAAACAUCUCAUCAUGCUUAUCAUGGAACUGCGUCACCAAGAUUACUAUCACUGAGAGCAACUCGAGCAUCACCUGGAAAAUAUAUACAACCACAGGCUCAACAACAGUUGAUACAGACUCCACAAGUUGAUCAAAGAUCUAGUAGUCUGCCAAGACAUUUUGCCGUUCAACGAAAUGGAUUUGUGAUGGCACAGUCCUACAAUCAACAAAUGGAUCAACAUCAGCAACAACAAAUGAUCUAUCAAUUGCAGCAACAACAACAAAUUAUGACGGAGGAUCAAGCGCAAAUGGAACAUCAUCAACAAAUCAUGUACCUUCAGCAGCAACAACAACAAUUUCAUCAAAUUCAACAACAGCAACAAAUGCAAAAAGCUCAGGAAGCUGAUCCAGUUCCUCCUACGGAUGACGAUCUAGAUAUUCCCACAUCUACCGUAAUGGGAACACGAAGUAACAGUGAAAGAAGUCUCGGCUCGAUGAAUCCUGGAAGUGUUAUGACAAACUGGAAUUCUUCUCUGGAUACUGCAGCCAACAGUUCUCGUGCUCUUUCUCCUGUAUCAUACAAUGAUAUUCCAGCUUCUCCAACAAUGUGUGCUCAGGUGUUCAAUUUACCUAAAUCCACUGAAUCGGAACAUCAUCAAUUGACGUCUCAACAGCAGAACACUACACAUUAUAGCAGUGGAUCAGCUAACACUAUGACUCGGAGUGAUGGUGCAACUACUGUGCCAAUGGAUAACAUUAUUACACCAACUUAUGCUAUUUUGAAUCCAAUAUUGGUACACGAACAGACACCGAACGGGACAGUUCCACGAAAGACUUCAGAAGAGUUGGAUAGUCCUGAUGAUGUUCUCCCAGGUCCAUCUCUUGAGGAGGAAGAAGGUGAUUAUGCUAUAAUAGGAGGUGCCGCACAAAAGACAGAUGACGAGCUUUUGACUCGUUCUAUUCAAUCUGAAAUGCCUACUUCGUCGUCUACUCCGAAGAUGAAAGUCUCGCCUCGCCUUAAUGGAUUCUUCUCUCCAACUCAGAAAACAACAUCGUCUCCUGCAUGGUCUCAUCCAGAUACCUCACCGAUUCCAAAGUCAUCUUCUCAUCGAACUCAACCUAAUCGUCGUCAAGAUGCUUCUGAUGCAGAUCGUCUUUUAAUGGAAUCAAUAAUGUCAGAGAUGCCAAAAAGUCGAAUUAUAUCUCCACGACUUGCUGGUACACAACAAUAUCUUGAACCCGAGCCAGAGAGAAGAAGUCAUUCAAAAAACGAGGAAGCCGAUCGCCGCGACGCAUUCACCGCAUCGCAUGAGCCCAGCGAUCAUAACGGCAUUGAUGUGGCAAGAGGCUCAGACUGGUCUCCACAACAACAAUUACAUCGAAUGGAGUCAUUGGAAAGCCAAGCUAGUAGUGAAGAUAGUUUUGGAUUAACUGCUGAAGAACCAAAUUCAUCAACUUCUGGUGCUGCUGCAAACACUAUGAGAUUUGACGAUGAGAUCGAUGCAUCUCUUCCAAUGGAUUGUGUCGAUGAUGAUGAUUACGACUAUACUUAUGAUCAUUUCGAAGAUUAUGAAGAUGAGGAGGAUCCUGAUGCGACUCAGUUUGAUGAUGGAGUUGAUGCACAACUAACUAUCGAUUGUUCAAUGAUUUCUAGUGGAAGCGGUUCAUCGCAAAGAAAUGAAACUACGACAACGUCACGAGAUUCAAAAGCUUUAGCUACUUCCACACCAAAAGGAUCUGCAUCUUCACUCCCAGGAGUUCGACAAGCCACCCGAGUAUCAACGAAUGGAAAGUCAAGACUGCCUGUUCCAAAAACGAAUGGAUCACUUGUUGAUAAGAAUCCCAAGCCAAUCAUCGCUUCCCGGCGGCCACGAUUGCCACCGAAGCCGACACUUUUAAAAGAUAAGCACUAUCCAGAAGAGGAUUCGAUUGAGAAUCAGACGAGAGAUGAUACGAUAUAUGUGAAUGCUCCAGUUGUUGAGGCAGAACAAGAACGAAUUUAUAUGAAUGCAUUGAAGCAACAGAAGAACAUUGAGCAAUCACCGUCAAUUGGAAACGGAUCACCUAUAGCUAAAUCUGCAAUUGUAACGCCCUACAAUUAUCAGAAACCGCCUUUCACUGGUCGAAAUAAUGGUGAAAUGAGCAACGAGAAGAGUGUGACACCGAAUCCUAAACAAAUGCUUGUAACAAUAGUCUAAUGAUCCGCUCAUAUACCGAACCUUGUUCUUUGUAUCCCCGUCAUCUCUAGUCGUUCCCAGUUUCUAGUCGAGUGUUCUCAUCUUCUUAUUCUACCUCGAACUUUUAUAUUAUUGUCUAAUGGACCCUGUAAUCAUAUUUCUAGCGCUGGCAAUAUACUAUGUUUUCCAAUUUUCUGUAAAAUGUGAUUUGGUUCUUGUUCUUGUUUCCAUUACCUGACCGCUCAAUACAUAGCUGUUAAUAUGUUUCAUUCAAUUUGUAAUACGAGUUCUUUCAACCUCACUCUGCUCCAUUGUUUUCUCAUCUUUUUUGAAUCAUAAAUAUUGUAUAUAUUUA